AUGGGCGAUAACAACACCGCCAAAGAUACGCCUGCCGCAGUAGGCAAGUCGGAGGAGCCGUCGAGGGAUGGCUCGGCCAGCUCUAUCGCGACCACUCCCGAGCCCGAGGCGGAGUCAUAUAGCGCCCAGGAGCAGCCCCAGCAGCAGCAGAAGCGCAAGGGUGGUCGUAAACCUAUCUAUGCCACGUCUGAGGAACGCAAGCAGCGCAAUCGCCAGGCCCAGGCUGCCUUCCGCGAGCGCCGCACCGAGUAUAUCAAGCAAUUGGAGAGCACCAUCAAGCAUCAUGAGGAGACGCUGCAGACCCUGCAGCAGAACCAUCGCAGUGCUGCAGAUGAAUGCCUGAUGCUUAGGUAUAAGAACUCCCUGCUGGAGCGGAUCCUGCUGGAGAAAGGCAUUGAUGUCCAGGCCGAGCUCCGUGCAAAGACGGGCAGCCCGCACUUGGGUCCUACCCGCGUGCCGCCCCCAGGAUCCGCCGUGCAGCCGCCAAUGCAAAGGGCCAUUAUGAAUCGGCACCAGCAGGCGCGCCGCUCGUUUGCAGGUUUCCCCCAGAAGGUUGAAGGCGUGCAGGGCUCGCCGCUCGCCCAACCCGACGGUUCAGUGCCAAACCAUUCACCACAUUCACAGCCUACUCCUGCUUCUCACUUGUCUUCUCCGUCCACUUCUGCCACGAAGUCGCCCAAUUUCAUUCCUACCAUUUCGCCCAAUAUCGGGCCAGUGUCUCAAUCGCAGCAGCAGCAGCAGCAGCAGCAACCACCGCCCCAACAACCACAACAGCAGCAGCAGCAACAGCAACUACGCCCACAGCCCGCUAGGUCACAGUACAACCCGCUUCCGCCCCAACGCCCCUCGUCUCUGAACACGCAAUUCUCGGUCGGCAGCGGCCUGCCAAGCGCGUCGUCGGUCAAUAGCGCUGCGGGGAACGGUAUUUCGGGGAACGCCAACGGGCCGUCCGCCUUUUACCCUUCACCGUUCCAAAGCCACAUGGACCAGCUCGAACAGGAAUACGAUGCGCAAGCCGACAUGAUCGACGACCGAGACGCCAGCGAACACUCGGCCUCCACCGCACCAUACCCGCCGCAGUUCCCGCCCAACAUGCAGCCGCAAGGCACACCGCAGCUCCAGGCCCAAGGAGCCGGGCAGAUGGCGCCACAGCCGUUCCAGGGCCAGGAUCACUACACGUCGCCACAAGCGCUGCAGCCGGCAGAUGGCCAGCACAGUGGCUAUGCGGUGUCGGGGAACAUAAAUCACGGCUUCGACCCUUACGAUCCAAUUCUCGACGCCGACCCAUUCGGACUCUCGGCUAGCAUGCACUUCCCGACGCAGUUCUCGUACCAGACAGGAUGA